CCUCUGGCCCUGUUUGCUGUCCAGUUCCUGAAUGCGGUGGUAGAUCUGCUGGACCUGAUUCCAGCCCUCGUCCCUGGCACUGAGCCUCCUCUCGGACAUUUCAAAUACCCAGGAAUGGGCCACUGCUCUGCCCUCAUUAAGAUGCUCCCUGGGUUUGAGAACCUGCUGUUUGCCCAUAGCUGGUAUACAUACGCUGCCACCAUGCGCAUCUACAAGCACGAGGACUUCUACCUCAGUGAGCCCCACACUGCCACGGGCAAGCUGUCCUUCAGCAGCUACGCAGGCUUCCUGGUGUCUCUGGAUGACUUCUACCUCCUGGGCAAUGGCCUGAUGAUGACCCAGACCACCAACAACGUCUUCAACACGUUCUCUGACCAAACUCAGGCCCUGCGCAGGGGUUACUGGCCCUCCUAUAACGUGCCUUUCCACCCAAAGAUCUACACCCUGAGUGGCUAUGGGAAGAUGUGGGAGGAGUACGGGGAGGACUUCUCCUAUGACCUCUGCCCCCGGGCCAAGAUCUUUCGUCGGGACCAGGCUGAGGUUAAGGAGCUCGACUCCCUCAAACACAUCAUGAGAUACAACGACUACAAAAAUGACCCCUACUCCAAGGGUGACCCAUGCAAGUCCAUCUGUU